CGCGAAUCGGACAGCACUACUUCGGCUUCCGUAGCUGAAAUGAUCCUUACUACACUUUCUUCCAUGCAUUUAUCGUUCAAUUAAUUUUAUCUUUCCACAACAAACGCUUAUUUUAACGCGAGUCAGGCAUAACUACACCCGGAAGGAAGGUGCAAAGGACUUAAAUCCGCCCGUUCAGCCUUGCCGAAUCCGCUGUUAAGGACAUUUUAACGUGAUCUGUCAUGGUAGUCUGAUAGUUAGCACGUACGCUAUCAGGGUAUAACUCGUUAACGGAGCAAAUAUCGCUUGUUUGAUGUGUGUUUAAGGUAAAACAGAGAUAAUGAGAACGAGCUGAAAUGUGAACACUCGCACUUGAUGGACUGCGAUCUUCACUGCGGUUGCAGACGACCUCACGACAGUUGUGUCGAAGUUGGAAAUACGGAAAUAACAGCCAUUUAUGGCCCACAAAAUAAUCAAUUAACUGCAGCUCAAGUGUUGUAAAUACCGUGUAUCGUCGCAUUGUUUUGAAAUGUAUAUGGCUGUGCGCGCGCCUAUCAAAAGUGGAGAUUAAUAUUUAGGUCGUGCAUGAAGAUUAGUGUUCACGGCAGGAUGUCAAAGGGAUUUGUGAGCUGAGAUAAUAACAAAAACAAAAACAUGUCAUUCACCCUGUCAUAAAUUGCCAAGUUUCGCUUUAUAACAGAAAUCCGUCGACUUUUGCUGUAAAUAAUAUAGAUGUUUGUGCAUUGGAAGAGCGGGCUGUCAAAGUCACUUUACUGAUCAAAUACUGUAGAAGUCAGAGCCAUCAUGUCAGGGGAUAGCAGUGGCAGUGGCGAGGACUCCGACCGAGAAACCCGUAAAGUUUGCACUGUUAAGCUCGAGAUCACUAAUGCAAACCUCACAGGAUACACUGAGAAAGUUGGCAUGGAGAACUUUGAACUUCUCAAAGUGCUUGGCACCGGAGCAUACGGGAAAGUGUUCCUUGUCAGAAAAAUCAGUGGCCAUGAUAAAGACAAACUCUACGCCAUGAAGGUUCUGAAGAAAGCAGCCAUUGUUCAGAAGGCAAAGACUGCUGAGCACACUAGAACAGAGCGACAGGUGCUGGAACACAUUCGUCAGUCACCCUUUCUGGUCACCCUCCAUUACGCCUUUCAGACGCAAACCAAACUGCAUCUUAUACUAGACUAUGUGAGUGGAGGAGAGAUGUUCACGCACCUGUAUCAGAGAGAUCAUUUCUCCGAGGAUGAGGUGAGGAUCUACGUGGGGGAAAUUAUUCUGGCCCUGGAGCACCUGCACAAGCUUGGCAUUGUGUACCGGGACAUUAAGCUGGAGAACAUAUUAUUGGACAGUGAUGGUCAUGUGGUUCUGACAGACUUUGGGCUGAGUAAGGAGUUUCUGGAAGAGGAGAAAGAGAGGACGUACUCAUUCUGUGGCACUAUAGAGUACAUGGCACCAGAGAUUAUCAGAGGGAAAGCUGGCCAUGGAAAGGCAGUGGAUUGGUGGAGUUUGGGGAUUCUGAUGUUUGAGCUGUUGACGGGAGCAUCUCCGUUCACUCUGGAAGGAGAGCGGAAUUCCCAGAGUGAGGUGUCCAAACGCAUCCUGCGCUGUGAGCCUCCAUUCCCCUCCAUCAUUGGGCCCUUGGCUCAGGACCUCCUGCGAAAGUUACUUGUGAAAGACCCUCAUAAGAGAUUGGGCUCUGGUCCCCGAGGAGCCGAGGAGAUCAAAUGUCAUCCUUUCUUCAAGGGGUUAAACUGGUCGGACUUGGCAGAGAAAAAGGUUCAGAGCCCUUUCCGACCAGAACUACGUAAUGAAUUGGAUGUGGGUAACUUUGCUGAGGAGUUUACAGGAAUGGAUCCGGUCUAUUCCCCUGCCAGCACACCACCUAGUACGGACCGUCUGUUUCAGGGCUACUCUUUUGUGGCUCCUUCUAUCUUGUUCAAUAAGAAUGUGGUUAUGGCGGAUGUUCUGGAUGCUCAUGUGAAUGUUGACCGGCCUGGUUCUGCUACAGUCCAGCGCAGUUCUAUGCUAAAGGACUCUCAGUUCUUUCAGCACUAUGAGCUGUGCCUGCAGGGGACGCCACUGGGUGAGGGUAGUUUUUCUGUCUGCAGGAAGUGUAGACACAGGCAGAGUGGCCAGGAAUAUGCUGUAAAAAUCAUCAGCCGAAGGAUGGAGGCCAUGACUCAGAGAGAGGUCGCAGCACUACGCCAAUGUGAAUCUCACCCGAACAUCGUCACACUCCAUGAGGUCUAUACCGAUCAGUAUCAUACAUAUCUGGUCAUGGAGCUGUUGCGUGGUGGAGAGCUGUUGGAGCGAAUAAGGAAAAAGAAGGUGUUUGCAGAAUGGGAGGCCAGUCAGCUGAUGAAGAGCCUAGUGUCGGCGGUCAGCUACAUGCAUGAGGCUGGAGUCGUACAUCGAGACCUCAAACCAGAGAACGUGCUGUUUGCUGAUGAGUCGGAUGACUCCGUCUUGAAGGUGAUUGAUUUUGGUUUUGCGAGGUUGUUUCCAGCGGGGAGCGGCAGUGCCCCCCUGCAGACCCCCUGCUUUACCCUGCAGUAUGCCGCGCCUGAGCUCUUCCACAGCUCGGGAUAUGACCAGGCGUGCGACCUCUGGAGCCUGGGGGUGAUCUUGUACACCAUGCUCUCUGGCCAAGUUCCAUUCCAGAGUGAGAAAAAAGGCAUGACAUCAUCGCAUGCAGCUGACAUCAUGCACAAGAUCAAAGAAGGAGAUUUCUCAUUGGAUGGAGAAGCCUGGAAGGGUGUGUCUGACGAGGCCAAAGAUCUAGUGAGAGGUUUGUUAACGGUAGAUCCUGAGCGACGGCUGAAGCUCUCGGCUCUGAAAGAGAACGCCUGGCUUCAGGGAGGUGGCGUCAUGUCCUCCACCCCUCUCUGCACCCCUGAUGUUCUGGAGUCCACCGGCCCGACCGUCCGAACCUAUGUCAAUGCCACCUACAAGGCAUUUAACCGGGGGAAGCGUGAGGGUUUUUUCCUUAAAAGUGUCGACAAUGCGCCGCUAGCAAAACGUCGGAAGAUGAAAAUGACCAGUACUGGUGUGGAGACAAGGCGCAGCUCAUCCUCCUCCUCAACUUCCUCCUCUUCCUCAUCCGCUUCCCAUUCCAAGACGCAGAAUUGCCAAUCUCUGAAUCCCCACGAGGACCCUAAACUGUGACAUCUCCCGUUGCUUUGAUGUGGUGAGAGAAUGUGUUGCAAAGGCCUUUGCAGGAUGAAAAAGACCUAUAUAAAAGACUAAGCGAAAUAAUAUAACCUUGAUAUGUCAACAAAUUCAACAUUUAUCAAAGUCUCUUCAGGAGUAAAACUGGCUGGCAAGAUCAACUUUUUCAAGUCAUUUGGAGGAAAAGAAGAUUUUUAAUCAUGGUGGCUCUCUGAAAACACGAUGCCAAGGAAAUGAUCUACAUUUAUAAAAGAGACUCAGAUGGCAUUUCCUUUGCAAUUUUUUUCAUCAUUUGAGACUGUAGACAUUUUAAUGAAUGUAAAAAUGUCAUGUGAUGGGUAUCCACUUGCAUUUAGAGAGAUCUUUAACCGUAAAGACGAUCGAAACACGUGAAACUGAGAUCAGGGAAAGCUGAAAUGUUAGAGAAUAGUGGACAAGAGAGCAAAGCCAUAUGUGAGAAUUAGAGUGGACGUGUAUUUUAAUGUAUUUUAAUGAUCCACGAGCAAAGCUUUAUGUGAAUCUUGUACAGGCCUUUUACAUAUCACUACUUCAAGAAGUUUUCUCGAUGUUUGCAUGGUAUAGUAUUUUAAACGUUUUACAUUUUUAGAAACCUAUGAAGUCAGACCACACAAAUUCACUGAAUCACCAGUUACAAUAGGUCUUGUCAAGGAAAUUGAUGAUGAUAUUUCCUCCUAUACACACUUUUGGGUGAAUCUCACAAAGAAAUGUCAGUUGUAUUUCUCAUCAAUCAAAAAACAAAAUUAUAUUAUUCAUUUUAAGGAUCAUUAAAUGUGUAACAAUUAUUAACGAUAGUUAACCUAGUCAUCCCUCCCAAAUUGUGAAAAAAAUUCUCUUUACUUCAAUACAGUAAUGAAAAUCAUUGUCCACAGUUUUUU